UUUUUUUUUGCUGCUCCAGCCUUGCUCUCUAUAAAUACUGCUCUUUUUGCUGCCUUUUCUGCUUUGUUUCCUCUGCUGCCUUUUGCCUCCAAUUCCUCUGCUCUUUCCCAUUCCUUCUUUUGUUCUCGUCGCCCAUCGCCCUUCUUCUCGAGACUCCCCAUCUCUGCGACUCCACCAACCCCCUCUGCUCAAUUCCUCUGUCUCGACUCUUUGUCAGCCCUAGCUUGCCCUUCCUUCUCAUGAUUAUCAAGUGCUCUGAUUUUGUCAAGUACCAAGUCGACGAGUGGAAGUUUUACAAUCUAGACCAUGUUCAGAUCAAGAAAGACAUCAAUUCUUUAAUUUCCGGUCUCAAAAGCUUGAAAAACCUAUACAUCAAAAACGCCAAUUCUAUCCUAUCCAGUCCCAAUCUACCCUCCAAUUCACACUCAAAGGCAAAGUCAAAGACACACUCCAAUUUCGAUCCUGAUUUAUCCUUCAAUUUGGUCGAUGAGUCCUUAAUUGAACCUCUAGAUUUAAACUUUUCCUUAUCGAAAUCCUCCUCGUCUUCAACCUCUUCUUCCAACUCCUCCUUCUCGUUUUCCGAUAACAACAACCGAAAAAACACAAACACUCCAAUCCCAAAUAACGAUCCUGAUUACGAUGACUAUUACCAAGAGUCCAUAGAAACUCAAUUGACAGAUUUAUACGAUUCUUAUAAAUCGAGCAAAAACAAAUUGAUAAUCUCUUUUUUAUCCAAAAAUCUAUUGAAAAACUUGGUCAAUGUUAACCUUUUCAUCAAUUUAAAGACUUAUGAAUUCUUAAACCUCUUAUCAUUAAAUAAUAAUGACCAUAAUACUGACCAUGACUAUAACAAUGACAAUGACAAUGAAAAUAACAACAACAACAGCAACAAUAAUAAUAAUAAUAAUAAUAAUAAUAAUAGACGUGCUCGCAAAAACGAUAGAACAAAUAUAAUAUCAAAUUUAUUCAAAAUUAAUCAACAACUAAUCAACCUAAAUAAUCCCAACAAUUCAAAUAACAGUAACAAUAAUAAUAAUAAAAAACUUGGUAAAGAUUCUUUAAAUAAAAUUAUUAUCAACAACAACUCUGCAUCUGAUGACUUCCAUUCUAUUAUUCAAAAUUAUUACUUGAAUUUACAAAAUUUUAUCCUAUUCCAAAGAAAUUUAUUAAACUAUUUAAUUUAUUAUCUCAAUAGAAGAAUAAUCAAAGAAUCCUUCUCCACAACCAUCAAAUCUUCAAAAAAUAACUCAUCUGUCAACAACAUCUAUAUAAAUCUCUUGAAAGAUAAAAAAAAUUACUCCUCCACUUUAUUACACUUAAACUCUUCUAACUCAAACAAAAACUCUCUAUUAUUAUCCUUUUACGAAAGAUUUAAUUUAUUCAACUUCAUCUAUAAAUCCUUUUUAAACAUUGAUUUCAACUCAUCCCUAAUUAAUCAAAUUUUCUCAAACUCCAUCUAUAAAUCUGAAUUUGAUUUAUUUAAUGAUUUUAUCAACAAUUUUAAUACCAACUCCACCUCUUUUUUAAUCCCCAUAAACUUUAGCCUCAAUUAUAACUACAAAUAUCCUUACAACAAUAAUUUCAACCUGGAUCUUAAUUCAAAUAAUAAUUCAAAUGAUAAUCCUGAUCAUAAACCAGAUAACAACCUGGAAAAUUAUCUAAUUUACCACGACUUUUUAAAAGAAAAUCAUUCUCAUUCCCUAUUUCUCAACUUAUUCAAAAACUCUUCAAAUUUCGAUGAAAAUUUAAUUGGUAAAAAUUCCCUUCUUUUUUCUUUAAAUUUAAAUAAAUAUUUCAAUAUAUUAUCUUACAUCACUCAUCUCAUCCAAAAAAACAACCAAAUUAUCAACAACUUUAACAUUUAUUUAAAAAAUUCAAACAGCAAUCUUUACAACUAUAACUAUAAUUAUAAUUUUCAAUACAACUAUAACUUUUCCUCUUCCUACACAUCAUCAAAUUUAGAUAACAACAACAACAACAACAAUAACAAUAACAAUAAAAUAACCCCCUUAAUCAAAAUUGACAAUAAAAUAGAUUAUUCCUACCCAAAUUUGUUAAAUUGUAUUACUCCAGGUUUAAACUUAAGUUUAUCAAUUGAUAAAUUAAACUCAGUUCAAAAUUUUGACUUGUAUUCUACAAUCAGCUCAAAUAAAAAAAAUAACUUGACUUUUUUGGUUCACAAUGAUUAUAUCCUACAUUUAAGAUUUUUAUUAGAUGAUCUAUUUAACGAAAUUAAAUCUUAUCCCUCAAAUCUUGAUGAAUUUUCAAUGAAAAAUUUUAAUAUUUUUUUAAAUAGUUUAUACUCAAAUCAAUCCACACUGACUGAUGGCAAUAACACUACCAAUAAUAAUCCUAGAAUUGGAAUUGGGGAAAUUGAUGAUGAUUUUCUCACUAUAAAAAGUUAUUUUAAUAUAAAUCAAUCCAAUCAUGAUUUGUUUAAAAUAUUUUCUUACCACAACUUUAGUGAAUCUAUUCUAAUCUCUUUUAUUGGUGGUUUGAAAAUAUAUGGUUAUCUUUAUUUAUCCAACAGCAAUAUAUCUACUUUGAUCUCUUUAAUAAUGUCCUCAAAUAAAUCCCAAUUUAUUGACUUCUUACACAAUUUAUCCUUAAAUGACAUUGAAUCCAAGACUCUUGAAAAGAUUUUUGAAAUAUAUGAAGUUAAUGCAUUUAAUUACAAGAUUGAAUUGGGCUUUAAUCGAAAAAGAUACAUCUCUAAAUCUUUAAUUUAUAACGAUAAUUCUAAAAAAUCAAAAUUCUCAAAAUUUUGGAUAAGUUUAGAUACAAAUAUUAAAUUAUUAGAUUUAAACGAUUUAAAUACAAUGAAAUCAAAUAUUCUUGAUUACUAUUCUAUUAAUAGAUACUACCCUUAUUCUCUUUUAGAAAUUAAAUUGGAUUCUAAUUUGCCAUUACCUCAAGAGCUCGACCAAUUAAUUAAUUCUGAUUAUCUUCAUAAAAUUGAUAGUGAUUUCAAUCUCAUAAAUUACUAUGUUUCAAUGAUAAAAUUUUCAAAUGAUAAACAACCUCUUGAAAGAAAACAAAUUGAUUUAAGAUCCAUAACUGUUAAUAAAUUGUAUGAGAAUAAAUUGAAAAAACAGUAUGAAGAGAGAAAAUUGCAUCAAGCUCAAGAAAAGCAACAAAAGCAAUACUUGGAUGAUAAAAAAUUAUCUCGUCAAGAAGAUACAACCCCAGGAUAUUGGAAUGAGUAUGACGAAGGUUUUGAAGAUGAUAAUUUAUAUUACAUGCUCAAUGACAGCGACCAGUCAUCUUUGUUUUUAACUGAAUCUAGAGUUGAUUUUAUCCUACAGUUAUCUAAUAGCUUGAACAAAAAAAUGAAUCAAUGCUUUGAUUUCAUUACUGACCUUUUCAGCUAUAAAACCAAAUCACUCCCAGAAAAUAGCAGUUUGUUAACAAGAAACGAUUUUCAUAAUUAUGAUGCGUUCAGCUCUAACUAUCAUAACUAUCGCCAACAACCUGCUCCAAGUUUAGCUGCUACAAAUUAUUCUUCAACAGAGAAUAUUGGUGAGAAUGAUCUUGCACGUUUUGAGGCAAACGAUCAAUUGGUUAGACAAUCCAAUUAUGAUCGGGUUGUUACCUUUCUUUAUUCCACAACCUUAGCAUUGUCUUGUUUGACUACCGGUAUUUCUAUUGGAAUCAUAUUUACAGUUGUGUUCAAUAGGGAAUACGACCAUGAUGAUUCCAAUUCCCCAUUCAUUUUAGCAAUUAUUUUUGUUGGGUUACUUUUUUCUUUAUUUUUAUCAAUCAUUUCUGUUUCUUUAUUGUUGGUUAGGAAAGUUCCUGCGCCCUAUUGGCAUCAAGUUGUUAUCUGGUGUGUUUUUUUAGUUAUAACCUCAAUCAUUAUAAUCAGUGUGACUAGCUCCAUUUGAUUUGGAAAAAAAUUUUCUUCUUUCAAUUCGUUUUUUUUUUAAGCUAUAUAUUAUAUUAUUUUUUUUAAGUCGGUUUUUUUUCUUGUCAUUCUUUUCAAGAAAAUUUUAUAUAGAUAACAAUAAAUAGAUGUUCUUUAUAUUUCCAAUUUGUUCCACCUUGGUUUUUUAAUUAAAAAUAAAUUAUUUUAAAUUAUUUAUUUAUUGAAAAUUAAAGGUAUAAAAAACAAUAAAUUAAAACAAGGAUUUGAAACGAAAACUAUCAACUCAU